AUUAUAGUUUAGUUAUUAUAUAGUUAACGAACAUUAUUUUAAAGGAAUGAUUAGCAAAGUUGCCUACCUUUGUAGUGUGCUUAUGUAAUAAAUAAGUAAAGUGUUAUUUGAUUUACGAAGUAAAAUGUUUUAGGGAAAUACAAGUUGUUUGCCCAUUCGUGUGACAUGCACCUGUUUCUAUGUGCUUGAUAUUAGGAUAAGGACGCAAUAAUCGCCAUCUUGGUUCAAUGUCUUCCAAAUAAGAAAAGAUUUCAGGACCUUCAUUGGUGAUAUGUGCAGUGAGCCUGCAAUAUUAUGUCAGCUUUUGCCAAGCUCUCCUUCGGCGCCGUUAUUACUGUUCAAAUAUUUGUUAUUUGUGUAUGGCUAUUUUACUAUAGAAAAAACACCUUCAAUUUUCAACAGUCAUUCAACAACAGCAUUGUUAAUCGAAAGUCUGCAACGGCGGAACAGAGAAACAGGACGUACAUUUACUUAGAACGUGAUGCAAAGACGGACGACAGAAAUAAAAACUACACCCAUCCAGAGUCUGUCGAGACGGAAGAGGGAAAUAAGACGUAUACUCUGUCAACUUCAUACUUCAAUGCCACAACAUCUACAAAUAAAGAAAAAGAUUCACUUAAAAAGUGUCCACUUAUUCCUCCCGGGUUAGCUGGAAAACUAAAAGUCGAUAAAACACCAAAGACCAUUGAGGCCAUUGAAAAGAAAUAUGAGAUGCUGAAAGACGGCAAAUUUAAACCAAAAAACUGUACGGCUCGACAGAAAGUAGCCAUACUCAUUCCAUUUCGUGACAGGGAAAGUCAUUUAGGCAUUUUUUUGAACCACAUGCAUGCCUUUCUCAUGAAGCAACAGCUCGAAUAUGGAAUAUAUGUCGUGGAACAGACUAAAGGUCUGGAAUUUAAUCGAGGUUUUUUGUUCAAUGUUGGAUAUAAAGAAGCUCUCAAAGACUCUGACUACGACUGCUUUGUGCUUCACGAUGUAGACCUCCUCCCGGAAAACGAUCACAACAUCUACACCUGUCCUGUUGAUCAACCUAAACAUUUAGCUAUUGCCUCUGAGAAAUGGCAAUACAAGUUACCAUACACGUCCUAUUUUGGUGGUGUUUCGGCCUUGACACGAGAACAAUAUGAGGCUAUCAAUGGUUUUUCAAAUGAAUUCUUUGGUUGGGGUGGUGAGGAUGAUGAUUUUUACAACAGGGUAGCAUGGGCUAAAAUGUCUGUAUAUCGAUCAAUAAGCGAUGUCGGACGAUAUUCUGCUCUUGAACACAAACCUGGUGCUGCAAAUCCGAAGAGGAAUGACAUCAUAAGUAAAGGAAAAGACCGAAUGUGGAAAGACGGGCUGAAUUCCCUGAAAUAUGAAAUAAUACAAAAGACUUACAAAAAACUUUACAUUCAUAUCAUUGUGAAAAUCGUUUAAAACAAUUUCAAAGGAUAAAGUGUAAAAGUUGCAAAACAAAAAGAACCAACCUUACUUAACAUAACAACUUAUGAAAGAUGUUCAAUACCAAUAUACAAUUAAACAAAAAGAACUGGGAUUUGGAAAAUUAGUUAAAAUGGUCAGAAAAGGUGUUUUUAACGACAUUACAACAUCAUAUCGAAUAACACCAAAAACAAGAUCAAGUCAACUAUCAUAGAGGUAUUGUUUGUAU